CGAUAAUGCACCUGUGCGAUGGGGACAACCGGAAAAAAGCUCUCCGUGAAGAAGAAGGUAGUGGUCUACACGUUGAUCCAGCAUGGCAGAUAGUUUGAAGCGGAAACUGGAGGAUUUGAGUGUAGACGAGUUCCUGGCCUCUGGCUUUGUCUCAGAUGCCGAUGGAGACUCGGAAGAAGAGGUGCCAGUUUUGCAGAAUGGAGAGAGCAAGAAAUCUACAAUAUCAAAUUCUGCAGCCCAAGACAAGGCUGAGAAAAAGGCCGGCCAGGCAUCCCAGCACAAAGAACAGCUUUCUCGCUUGAAGAGCAAAGAUCCAGAGUUCUACAAGUUUCUGGAGGAAAACGACCGAACACUGCUCAACUUUGAUGACACAGACAGCUCAGAUGAUGAGGAUGAUGAAGAUAGCAAAUACCACAUACUGCCCAGUCACCUUGAGGAUGCCAGUUCUGAUGAAGAGGCAGAGAAAUCAGCAAAGCAAUCCCAGAAAUCUGCUGGUGCCAUUAAAGUGACGGAGAAAAUGAUCGACGAGUGGAGAAUGGCUAUCAGGAAGGAACCCACGCCUCGGCUGUUUCGCGAGGUCACGCAGGCCUUCAGAGCCGCAGUGCUGACCACUAAAGGAGAACGUGAAGACUCUUGUCGCUUCCUUGUGGAAGACAGUUCAGUUUUUAAUGCCCUGGUGAUUUUCUGCAUCAGAGAGGUUUCUGUAGCUCUGCAGAAGAUGCUCAAACUCAAGGCAGAGAAGAACCAGAAAAAACUAGUGCUGCCAUCAUCCAGUUCAAAGUGGCAGAAGAAUCAGAUGGACAUCAAGACUUACCUUAAUGGCCUUGUUCAGCUCCUGUCAUGCCUGUCGGAGGCCAGCGUCAUCGUCGCUGUCCUGCGGCACGCUAACCAGAUGGUGCCGUAUUUCCUGUGUCUACCCAAGCAGUGCAGAGUCUUUCUAAAGCAACUGAUCAAGCAGUGGAGCACAGGCGAGGAGACAGUGCGGGUCCUGUCCUUCCUGGCUCUCAGCAAGAUCUGCCGGCACAAGCAGGACCUGUAUCUGAACCCCAUCCUCAAGCAAAUGUACAUCGCCUACGUGAAGAACUGCAAAUUCACUUCGCCCAGCACACUUCCCAUGAUCAACUUCAUGCAGCGGACGCUGGUGGAGAUGUACGCCAUUGAUACCCAGGUCACCUACCAGCACGGCUUCGUCUACAUCCGCCAACUGGCUGUGCACCUUAGGAAUGCCAUGACUAUGAAGAAGAAGGAAACGUACCAGGCUGUGUACAACUGGCAGUUUGUGCACUGCUUAUACUUGUGGUGUCGAGUUCUGAGCACACUGCAUCCUAGUGAGGUUUUGGGGCCCCUAAUCUACCCACUGUGCCAGGUCAUCAUUGGCUGCAUCAAGCUGGUGCCAACGUGCCGCUACCUUCCCCUGCGCCUGCACUGUGUCCGUGCCCUCAUUCUGCUGUCCGACGGCACCAAGACGUUUGUCCCUGUGCUGCCCUUUCUGCUGGAGGUCUUUCUGCUGGUGGACUUCAACAAAAAACCAGGCAGACUCACCACCAAGCCCAUCAACUUUGCAGUCAUCCUUAAGCUGAGUAAUGUCAACCUGCAGGAGAAAGCCUUUAAGGACGGCUUGAUCGAGCAGCUUUAUGACCUGUCGCUGGAGUACUUCCACUGCCAGGCCAGCUCCAUCGGCUUCCCGGAGCUCGUCCUGCCCACCGUCAUCCAGCUGAAAGCCUUUCUGAAGGAAUGCAAAGUGGCCAAUUACUGCAAGCAGAUCCGGCAGCUGCUGGAGAAGGUGCAGGAAAACUCUGCUCACAUCACUGCGCUCCGGCAAAAGGCUGCGUUUGGCGUCAGUGACUCAGCAGUCGUGGUGCAGUGGGAGCGGCAGGUGGCUGGGGAGGGCACCCCCCUCACGAGGUACUACAGCCAGUGGAAAAAGCUGCGUGAAAGGGAGAUCCAGCUUGAGAUAUCUGGGAAGGAGAGGAUGGAAGACUUGGACUUGCCUGAAAUCAAACGCAAAAAGCUGCAAGAAAGCAAACAAAAAGACAAAAAAGAGUUUAAGGAUCUUUUUGAGUCAGACAGUGACUCAGACGGGGAUGGGGUAGGACUCAAAGUCAAAGACAAAUUGAAGAAGGAGGGUGGGAGUGAUCUGAGCACAGAGGAGGAGUCAGACAUGGAAGAAGGAUCUGAGGAUGAGGAUUUGUCAGAUGAUGAUGACGAUGAUGACAGCUGUGAUGAAGCCGAGGACACGAGGCAGCAGGCUGUAUGUAAGGUGGAUUUGAAGGAGCUGGCUGCAGGAGACGAGGACAUGGUAGAAGAUCUUGAGCUGUCUGAUCAAGACUAGAUGAUUUCAGCCUCUGGACUGUUGCGGCUUGACGUUAGUAUCACAAGUGGCAGGGUGACAUAGUGACAAAUGUGCUUUCCCAGAUAAACAUAGAAUCAAGGCUUGGCCCUUCCCACCUUUCCUACUGAACUUUAUAGCCGCCAUUAGUUAUGUUUAUUAAACUCGUAUUUCUGUAUUUUUCAUGAAUGACACUUUUCAUGAAUGCGAACGAAAAUGUAAUUUCUGUUUCUGUCUGAGUUGCUGUUUACGCCAAGAACUGUUAUCCAUGUAUACAUGCGUGUUCAUUGCCAGUACAGUGAGUCAACACGUGGAUCAAUAUUAAAGUGAACAAAUAAGUCA